AUGGGAACUAAUGCUGAAUUUAAUCUUCGUUUCACAAAGAAAAUGAUCGAAAGAGAAGCAUCAGCCGCUGAGAAAAAGUACGAAACAAGUCGGAAGAAAGCAUUGGAUGCUUUGAAGAAAUCAGGUGAUAUGGAAACAGCUCGUAUCUACGCAGAAACAGCUGUUCAAAAUCGAACAGCACACAAUCAAUUUUUAAUGAUGGCAUCACGAAUCGAUAGCGUCAUUGCUAAAGUUCAGCAGGCAAAUGCGCAGAAUUUAAUGAUGAGAAAUAUGAGUCAAAUGAAUAAGAUGCUUGAAAGUGUGAACAAGGAAAUGAACGCCGGUGAAUUAUCGAAAGUCAUGGAUAGAUUCGAACAAGCAUUUGAAGAAUUUGAUGUGAAAGAACAAGUGAUCAACAGAGCAAUGAACGAAGUAAUGGCUACUAGCACACCAACGGAGGCUGUUCAAGAUCUUCUACGUCAAAUUGCCGAUGAAAAUCAUUUGGAUAUUCGUGCUCAACUUGAUGCUAUUCCAACAGUUGAACAUUCAGUUAUUACACCUGCUCAACAGGAAGCUGCGGCACAAAAUAGUCGCUUAGCUGCUCUUCGUCACGCUAUUUAA